CAAAUUCAACACAUCUAUUCAUCCUCCUUUAUUUUCCUCUCAAAUGUCGGCUAUAAAAAGAAUAUCCGAACAAGCAUUAAACCAUUUAAGAAGAACUUAUACACCUUCAGAUUUCAAACCUAAAUUUAUGUACAAAAAUAUAUGGGGACGUAAAAGAUAUAUGCACCCAAAAGUAUCUUUACGUAAAUUGGCUGAUAUGAGAAAAAAUGCUGAAUGUUUAGGAAUAAAUACGGAGAGUAUUGGGCUUCCACCCAAGAAAGAAAAGAAACCUCCUAGAACUAAACCUCCUAAAGGUGCUAAACACGAAAGAAAUGCUCCGGAGAGGAAAGCGAAAAUACAGAAAGCUUUGGAAGAAAUGCCAAAAACUAUCGAAAAUUGGAGAAAGGGAAAACUUGAAGAAAAGGAAAAGAGCAAACCAUCAUUGCCUUUUUAAUUUAAUAGAUUAAAAAAUUAUCUUACACCAUUUUAUAUAUUUUGGAUCAAUAAUUAGAUGAUAAUGAUUACAAUAUUUAUUUUUUUAAAUUUAUUAUUUUGUAAAUAAAAUAAAAUUAUU